AUGUCAUCCAAUGUCCAGACGAUCCGCUUCGCCCGCCUAAAGCCCAAGCAACCUGCACCGGCCCCGACGAAGCCCAAGAACAGACAUGCUGGCAUCCUGCAGGACCAGCUGCGUAGGUCGCAGAAGGCACCAUGGUGUCCGAGCUUUUCCGUGGCUUUCAGGAUAUUCCUCCUGAUCCGAGUCGCUGGAGCAAUGUAUUCAAACAUCCAGGAUUGCGAUGAGGUAUUCAAUUUCUGGGAGCCGUUGCAUUAUUUGGAUCGAGGGUAUGGUUUCCAGACUUGGGAGACAUCGCCGAUAUACGCCAUCCGGAGCUGGGCAUACGUCUUGCUGCAUUUGUUCCCCUCCAAAUUUACGAUCUUUCUAGCUGGUCCAGAGAAGCGACCGGCUUUCUUUGCGGUUCGGGUUCUCCUGGCUGUCAUGUCCUCGGUCAGCGAGGCGUACGUGUAUCGGGCAGCUGUAGACAAAAUCAACUACAGAAUGGGACGUUACAUGCUCUUCAUGAUGCUCCUCAGCGCUGGGAUGUGGACCGCAUCGACUGCUUUCCUUCCGUCAACCUUCGCAAUGUAUGCGAACGCCAUCGCGUUCGCCCAUGUGAUGGAGCCGACCAGCAACACAAACUUGCGCCGCACCCUGUUCGCUACUCUGGCUUUCGCGACGGGCGCCAUAGUCGGUUGGCCCUUCUCGAUCGCGGUGGCCAUCCCCUUCGUUCUGGAGGAGCUUUUCAUGUAUGGUGUCGACAAGGUCACCUCGGAGAACCGGAUAUCCUGGGUUUUCGCUCGAUGGAUGAGGAUGCUCAUGUGUACGGCCAUUGCUGCUUUGGUCUUCGUACCGGUGACUGCGCUAGACACGGUUUUCUACGGCAAACUCACCAUUGUUCCGUGGAACAUCAUCAAGUAUAACGUGUUCCCCGACGAGAAGCACGGACCCAACCUCUACGGCACCGAGCCGGCCAGCUUCUACCUGCACAAUCUUAUCCUUAACUUCAAUGUCAUCCUCCCGCUCGCAUUUGCAUCUAUUCCUGCACUUGCUAUCACCUAUGUGGUCAACCGCAAGCGUCUGGGCGAGCGUACAAUAUACGUGGAUCAGACUUCUCCUUACAGGUUGAUGGUGAUGAGGCUUGCACCGGUGUAUCUCUGGACGGCGAUCAUGACAAUGCAGCCUCACAAGGAGGAGCGCUUCAUGUUCCCUAUCUAUCCAUUAAUCUGUUUCAAUGCGGCCGUAACGGUGUAUCUGAUGAGGGGUUGGCUGGAGACUGCGUUUGUCGCUAUGACGCAAUCGCCGUACCGUGCUUCUCGCUCUGCGCUCUUCAGCCGCUUCACAUUAUCGAUCUUGACCACCGCUAGCAUACUGUCCUUCUCGCGGGUUAUGACGCAGUGGAAGUACUACCAUGCACCACUCUCCGUGUAUCAUCACCUGGAAGCGAACGAAAUCCCGCGCAUUCUCAACACUACUGGGCUCGUCUAUCUCCCGUACGCUACGGAUAAGGAGUUGUCUCUGGAUGAGCAGGACGAACAGCCGCGGAUUGACCCCGCGCUGAUACACAAGCUGGGUUUGCAUCUGUGCAUCGGCAAAGAAUGGUAUCGUUUCCCCGGACACUAUCUUGUUCCGGAUGGCGUGCGGGUGGAUUGGAUCAAGAGUGAGUUUGAUGGGAUGCUGCCCACGCAUUUCAAGGAAACGCCGUGGCAAUGGGGCUUGCCCGCUAGGGUCCAAGGUACCAGAGCUAUUCCUGCAGGACUCAAUGACCUGAAUGAAGAGGCACCCGAACUCUAUGUGGACGUCGCCUCAUGUGAUUACCUCGUCGAUCUUGACUUCCCCCUUCACCCGGUGGAAUCGGUUCAUGAACCCCGUUACGUUAUUGAUGAUUUGAUAUGGGAUCGGGUUGCAUGCUUCCCAUUCCUGGACGCGCGGCACUCGUCGACGCUGACGAGGAUACUUUGGAUGCCGGGCGCUCAUUGGCAAGAGUCGAACGAGUACGGCGACUACUGCUUGCUAAGGAACCGGGAGAAUGUGAAGAGGAUAGAAGAGAAGGUGAUGCAAUCUCAACGAUGA